GUUUUUUGUAGGAAUCAGAUUUCCUGGAAAGCGGGUCAACUUGCUUUUGUCAACGCGUUGUGAUCGAGCGAUGGCAGUGGCACCUAUCUCAGUGGAGGAUGCCCUGAAGUUGGGAAGCACUGACUUGCGCUUCACACUGAAUAGAAACGAUGUGUCCAAUGAUGUGCAGGCUGCCUUCUUUACUAACAAAGUGACGACAGUGCAAAAAUUUUCGUCAUUUUUCCGGUCCGAAGCGGACUUGGUGGAUGUGCUGCGAGACUCCUUUGGGGUUGAUGCGACUGCAGGUUUGGAACAGAGAGCGCAAGUGGCUUCUGUGAUGUGUGCAUGGAAAGAAGCCCAGACGAAGAUGAAACGUCAGGCGGAAGUGGAGGCAGAGAUGGAUACCAGGGAAUGGACCAAACCUAUCCCGACUGGAGACUAUAUAAGUCUACGCAAUGCCUUCAUGGAGAUACAUGGACGUUUGGAGGACAAGGUGACGCCGUCCAAGGAAUUCUUGGAGAAGAAACUGCAGGAGUUGGAGAAUGGCGAGUUCAGGGCUGAGACAUUAGCCGAGGUGGUAUCCAAAGACGAGGUGGAUCCAGACGUCUUGGUUCCAGUUUUUGACUCGAAGGGCAGCUUGACGGUGAAGAAAGGUGCGACGACAGUGGCGUUGCCGUCUGGACCGGAACAGUUGCGUAGGAGACUGUCGGUUAUGCAGAAUGCUUUGAUUAUGCUAGCUUUGAAGCACACCAACAGGGAGGAAAUUCAGGACAUAUCCAAGGAGCUCUUUGACCGUUACAAAGAUUAUAUCUUGGGUGAUUUUUUCUCUGGUUUGUCAGCGACUGAUUUGAAUGGACAACAAAUACAAACUCCACCGUGGAGCCUGGUUUUAUCAUAUGAGCAGGCGAUACGGAAGAAAGCUUAUCAGUUGAUGCUCACUGACAAACUGAAGUUGGGAGCGGCGAUGGAACAGGCUUGGAAGUGUCCAGUGACGAAAGAAAGAUAUUUCAUCACGCCCUUGGCCCUUUACAGCAAGAGAUCUUACCCGCAGCAAGACUGGAACCCCAAAGGAAAGGGGAAGACAAAAGGAAAGGAAGGAAAAGGGAAGGGCAAGAGCUCAACAAAGGGGGCAGCAGUGGCUCCCGAUGGUCAAAAGAUAUGUUUCCGCUUCAAUGCGGGCAAGUGCACUCACAAGGGAUGCAAGUUUGCGCACCUGUGCAACAAGUGUUUCAAGAAAGGCCACAACGCGAUGAAUUGCAAGGAUACAAAGGCACCGGAUACGAGACUUGGAGUGACGGUGCAAGUGGAGAUGGUGGAUAUCCAGGCAGAUACAGAGGGAUUGGCACUUUUUGAGAACCCAGAAGACUUGGGAGCAGUGAAGUCUGGAGAGAACCAGGGCAACAGACCUUCCAGCAUGUGGCAGUGGCUGGACUUUGACAUAUUGUUAAAAAAGGAGGGCAUCACAACAGCGGCUUUUUACCAACAGGAUUUUGGGACAGAGUACCUCAAACCGACAAGACUUUUACUCUGCAAGUUUGGAAAAUUGCCCUCAUUUUUUCUGCAGGGGAAACCAUUUUUUGAUGACCAGGGAUACUACCUGGGACCAUUGCAACAACGAGCAGCGGCGAAACAGCUCAUUGGUUUUUCUGCCGGACACUUUCAGACUACAGGCACAGAGCAGUGGCCAUCAGAAAUGUGCAAAUGGAUUGCUGGAGAGAUAUUGGGAAGUUUUCUGCAAAAAACAUCCCAGGAAGAAACCACCAUUGUCACUGCAACCGAGGGGGCUGGAGACAAACUGGACAAUGUUGUUUUUCCAGUUUCAAAGCCCGAAGGCAGAAAGCUGGUGGGAGGUAUGGGAGAACCGAGAUUCUGUCAUACCCCGGGGAAAUCAAGGGCUUUUCAUGAUGGAGCAGGUUUGGCUUCGAUGGGGCGCUGGGAUGUGGAGAAACGUAUUUGGUCACAGAACAUUUUUUGGAAGAUUCUCAGGGAAAAGACAGUGCAACUGGUAUGUGAGCAUUUGCCUCCAGGGACUAACCUGGACAGGACUUGUUUUGAGAUGGCGGUCAAAGGGGAAGCUGGUUGUUCUUUGGUGAAAAAUGAGGAGCUCAAGCAGUGCUUGCGUAAACUUUGGAUAAGGCUCCUACAGGAGCACGGUUGCGAGGAAGAGCACUUGGACAAGGUUGCUGAGGGGCAACCUUUCUUCUUGCGUCUCAUGCGAGAGUUACUGGUAAAGUGCGAGGACACUGACAGGGAUUUUCUUUUACAAGGAGAAGAGGGGUACCCGGUAGGUAUCUUGAAGCCUUUGCCACGCACACCUCACAUGUACGAGGAGCAGACGGCUUGGAAGUUGGAGGAAGACCCCUUCAUGCAGAGGGAAGUUUGGAGAAACAACUAUGAAUCAGUUCAAGAGCAUGAAGAUUUCGUUAGGGAGCAUUUUGACCAGGAAUGUGCGAAAGGACUUAUGCAGAAGAUGUCGUUGGAAGAGGCCAAGCGUAGAUUUGGGGUCCGCGUUGCAAUCUCUUCAUUGGCAGUGCUGGUGGAGGAUGCGGAGUCAGGUAAAAGGAGAAUCAUCCAUGACGCGACUCAUGGUACAAAACUUAACCACAGGAUCAAGUGCAGAGACAAAACACGCAGUCCUGGGGCGAGGGAAAAACAAUACCUUUUGUCUUACUACAAGGAGCGGAGGAAAGCUUUGGUGAGUCUGGUAGGGGACAUUAGCAAGGCGCACAGGCGCUUCCUUCACGAUCCUGCAGAGCGGGGUCUUUUAGCUUGUAGGGUCAAGGAAACUGAUCCUUUCCUGUACGUCAACAACUGUGGAACCUUUGGAGUGGCCAGUGCGAGUUACUGGUGGGGGAGGAUCUCAGGUGCAGGGAUCCGUCUGGUCCAUGAAUUGUUGGGGCCGGAGCGAGCAGUGGAGCUUUUGAUUUUUGCAGAUGAUUUGGAAGGUUUGGGUGCAGAUUCUUCAGGCAGGCAAGGACUGGUCUUGAGUUUUUUGUACCUGUCUGCGCUGGGUUUUCCUUUCAAGUUAGGAUUGUCACCGCGACGAUCGGCUUGGAUGUGCAAUUGGGUUGGAAGCUUGGCGGCCUCUGGUAAGGUGACGCAGAAAGUAUUUGAGCAGGGGCUGGGGAGACUAGGUUUUUCAGCAUCUGCCUUAUUGUGGGAGCGGCCGUUUUUGGCCCCCUUGUAUAGUUGGAAUGCUGCAGUCCGGGGGAAGCGUGGAACCUUGAGAAUCCCAGCCAUGCUGAGAGCAAUACUUCUUUUCUUAGCGGACAGGAUCAAGGCGGGUGGAGAUCUACACACCCCACCACCGCUGGGGAGACUUGAUGGAGAGCAUCUGUUGUUUUUUACGGAUGCCAAGGCGACAGAACAUUCGGCUUGGAUUGGAGGUUACAGACAAGACAGCCAGGGGAAGAUUGUGGAGUGGUUCUCGGAAGAAGUGGAUAGAGAGUGGGCGCCAUGGAUCUUUUUGAAACGGGAUCCAAAACGGGUCAUUGCUUCACUGGAACUCUUAGCCAGUCUUGUGGCGGUGAAGUUGUGGGCGCCACGAGAAGGGCAAAAGAACACUGCUACAUGUUUUUUGCGAGGGAAGACUGACAACCAGUCAAACACAUAUGCCUUGUCGAAGUGGAUGAGUACAAAAUUUCCUUUGACGUUGCUGAUCAUGGAGUUUUCUGAGACCUUGCGUUUGGGUCGGUGUGAGCUUAGUUUGGAAUGGAUAGCAAGGGAUUUUAACCAGUUAGCAGAUGACCUCACCAACGGCAAGUUUGAAAAGUUUGAGGGGUUCCCGAGAGUCAGAUGGGAUCCAAAGAGAGAGAAAUGGUUGGUCCUGGAGACUUUCUUGAAACAUGCGAGCGACUCCCAUUCUGAACUGAUGAAAGAAAAGCAGACGAAACGAGUGCUCCCAAAGAAGUUGCCAAAAUCAAAAAGACAGUACACGCGCGAUGAAAUGUGCGAAGCGUCCGACCCAGACGAGUGGACGUUGGUGCACUAUGGAGCAGAUUUGUCCGAUGAGAAUGACGAUGUUGAGAGCCAACAAAACUUUUGUUGGAUUCGCUUGUUGGUGAAGGGCGAGUCCAUGGAGUCCAUGUCACUCUUCCCUUUUUGCCAUGAUUUGAUGAUCGUUUCCAUCGUUUUGCAGCUGAUGCUGAUUGCACUGCUGCUACUGUACAGUUUGUGGAGAGCCUUUCUCGAUUGGCGCAAAGGAGUUGUAUUUUCAGCGAUCAAAUGGGAUUUAUCAAUUCGAAUGAUUGUGGAGGACGUGAAGAAACGCUGCCAGGAUGAUACCUUUAUGCUGAAACUCAGGAAAAUUGUUCGGAACGUCGUAUCGCAGAACGAAAUGAUGCGCAUAACUCAAGAGGCCACUCAAGGGCCACAAAUUUUCGCCAUGGAUGCGGAUGAUGAUUCUCCGAGGAGCAGUGAACCGAGUGAUGAGGGCUACGAGGAUGAGUACUGUGGCGGCACUGCCACUCAAGGGCCACAAAUUUUCGCCAUGGAUGCGGAUGAUGAUUCUCCGAGGAGCAGUGAACCGAGUGAUGAGAUCCUCGACAAGUUGCCCACCUUGCAUUUGGGACGCAAUUGCCUCGUGAGCUCCAAAGCCUCAACAGUCGGUGGCAUGUUCGACAACAAGGAGACGGCUGACGCGCCACCUACUUUAUCCUUCCUCGUGUCCAAGCGCAAACCUGAAAUUGAGAACAUGUCCAAGCCCUCGCGGACAGAGGAGCGGCUUGAUGGUUGCUCCGUUCUCGUGCGGCAACUUGUUUUGUCCUUUAUAGAGAUUCUUUCGUCUAUCCUCCAGUACCGCCCUAAACUAUCCUGA